GGCAUUCCCACCGCCCCCAUUUGAUGACACAUUUGACUAUCAUAGUCACCCCAAUAUGCCUGAGUGCCUGGGGCUUCAGCGUUAGCAGACCAACAUAAGACUUGACGCACGAUCAGAAUGACCACCCUACUCGCAAGUCCGUCCUCUCUGUCAAGAUGGCCACCUACGCUCCUCCACCGCACUAUGGCGAGAUCACCUUUUUUGAACUGAUCCCUCUUGCCUUCCGGUUCAUUGGACUUGCCAUCAACCUCGUAAUCAAGGCCUUCUUGUAUCCCUUCAGCACAACGCACUUUACGUUGAAGCGUGUUCUCUGGCGUACUUUCGUGCAAACCAUAUGUCCGAACAGUACAAUCCGUCAAAUGCAAUGGGUAUCUCCGAAUACUGGUUCCCUGUACGAAACGUACAUGAAGAGCUUACCCAACAAGCCACCCAUUGUUCAUGAGACGAUCGGUGCCGAUGGUGGUUCUCUGCACUGGGUCGGUCCCAAGACCAAUUCAAAAGUUAUGGUCUUCAUUCAUGGUGGAGGUUUUGUUCUUCCUGCUGUUGACGGUCACUUCUACAUGAUUGACUGGUGGCGCAAAGAAGCCAAAAUGCGGUACGGUAUCGAUUUCAGCGUAGCUGUUUUGGAAUACAGUCUUGUCAAUUUCAAACCAUGGCCGGCUCAGCUCACUCAGGUAGCCGCUGCUCUAAGCCACCUUCUGAAACAAGGCUACGAUCCUGCUAACAUCACCUUCGUUGGUGACUCUGUCGGCGGUCAUGUGGCCGUUUUCCUUCUCGCCCAUCUCCUACACCCACACCCUUCAGCAGAUCCCAUCAAGCUCUCCAAGCCCCUUGGUGGAGUUGCCGCUCUUUCGCCCUGGCUCGCCUACUCUACCGACACGCCUUCCUUCAAACGUCACGCAGCCAACGACGUCAUGCCCCUCCCCGCUCUCGUUGCUUGGUCCAGUCUCUUCCAAAAGUCCAGGACUCGUAGGGAUGAUGGAUAUUACUUCGAACCUGCGACAGCUCCUCCUGAGUGGUGGACGGGUUUGGACAAGGUGGCGAACAACGUUUUAUUGUCUGCUGGAGGUGCCGAGGGCAUGCUUGAUGACAUCGUGGUGACGGAAAAGAAAAUGGAGAUGGGGGCUGGAAGGGAUGCGAAGGUAGAGUUGUACGUUCAGGAUAACGCUUGUCACAACGAGGCGUUGGUGGAGUUUGCUUGUGGAGAUCAGCCUGGCCCUUCUGCCAACCGAGUGUUGUCUUGGAUUGCGGAGGUGUACGCUUAGACAAGCUAUGCACAAAACGACGUUGAACAACUUGAUUUACUUUUCUGGAGUUACUUGUUAUAAAUUGCCUCAGAACAACAU